AUGCGAGAUCAAAGGCUGCUUGGGCUCCGUGGCUUCAGCCUCAGGCCUGCCCCAAGCUCUGAUUGGCUGCAACAGCCCCCCCAGCCAUUCCAGAAUCAGCUCGUGGAUCGGUGUGAGAAGCUCCAGCUGCAGAGUGCUGCCAUCACCAAAUACAUGGCCGAGGUGCUGCCCGGGAAGAACCAAAGUGCUCUGAGUGCGGCCAGCGGGGCCCGGGAAGUGGUGGUCCAGAGACUGAUCCUUGUGAGAAGCAUGUGUGAGAAUGAAGAGCAGCGACUGCUGGAGAAGGUGCACGUGGAGGAGGAGAGGGCUCACCAGAGCAUCCUGACCCAGCGAGCUCACUGGACCGAGUCCCUGCAGAAACUCACUGCUCUCCGGACCUACCUAGUAGACAUGAUCACCAACCUCAAUGACCAUGGCCUGGUGCUCGCAGAGCAGGAGAUCUUCGAGAGGACAGAGGCAGCUGAUGGAAUCCUGGAGCCUCAGGAGUCGGAGAAGUUAAACUUUAAUCAGAAAUGUGUUCAGAGUCCAUUACUGCACCAGCUGUGGGCCUCUGCUGUUCUCAGCUGUGCCACAGGUUUGGAAGAGGUUCACAUAGAUGAAAGAACCGUCAGCCCCCUGCUGGCCCUGUCCGAAGACAAGCGAACCUUGGCCUUCAGCCCCAAGAGGGCGAAGCCCUGUCCAGACUGCCCAGAGCGCUUCGACCACUGGCCCAACGCCGUGGGCGCGAAGGCCUUCCACAGAGGGACCCACGCCUGGAGGGUCAGCGUGGACAAGAGCUGUGCAUACAAGCUGGGCAUUUCUUCCAGCUCCCUGCAGCGCAAAGGGCCUGGCAACGCGGCCCGGCUGGGCUAUAAUCCCUUCUCCUGGGUGUUCUCCCGCUACGAUAAGGAGUUCCGCUUCUCACACAACAGCCACCAUCAGGUGGUGGAGCUAGUCAAGUGCCCCACGCAGGUGGGGGUGGUGGUCGACUUGGACGGGGGAGAAGUGCUGUUCUACGACCCCACUGCCUGCGUCAUCCUCCACUCGCACCGGGAGGUCUUCACUGAGCCCAUCUACCCCGCCUUUGCUGUGGCCCACCAGAGCAUCUCACUUGUUCAGUGAGUGACUCCUGGCACGGGGCAGCAGCUCACCUGCCAGCUCUGUGGGGAGAAGCGGGAGCCUUCAGCAGAGACCCCCAACUGGGCACAUCACCCGCUGCCUCUUCUGUCACUCCUGGCACCGCGUGACGAGGCUGCCAGGGGCCACACGGGACGUGCCCAAUACAGGCAAAUCACAAAGAAUGGGGCAGACAAUCCACAAACUGGAGAUCGUUUCUAGAGUCACUAAUCCAGCAAUAAAACAGCUUUGGCGAUACCUUACUUGUUACCCAGAAGUCAGAAACACAAUUGCCUUAACAUAAUCCAACCUUGGGCUUCCCCCGAGAGGCAAGUCAAGUACGAGGGGGUGAUGGAAAACCCUAUUCACCCUACACACAAUUCCACCAGUCCCAAAGGCUCAGACCCAUUACCUGGCCAAGGAGUACCUCAGACCUUACCCAAACACCCACAUACAGCCAAUUCUUGUUACCAAAACUAAGCUUUGUUAAAAAAGAAGAGCAGCAGUUGGAAGAUCACACAGACAAUCACGAACAAAAGGCUUGUGUCAGGUUCAUAGGACAGCUAGUGAGCUCUAGAGCCACCUGAGUUCGUUCCGCAUUAGUUCCAUAGGUUCUAGUACAAUGUCCAAUGCAGGGUGAGCCCGAUGAGCUGGAGACACUA